GGUUUGGCUUCAAUGGCCACUCUUUCCUGGAAGACCAGUUUCUGUCUUUCUCUCCUCCCUCUUCUUAUAUAAUCCCCCCUCCUCUGUUCACAUUUCAACACCAUCCCUCUAGCUUGCAUAGCUCUCAAGCUUCCACUGAUAUACAAUCUUUCUUAACCCCAGAAGCUUAUAAGAAGGUUUGGAUAUAUUUUCUUUGUUUGUUUUGCUAACAAUGGCAUUAGAUCGUGCAGUUGAAUUCGAGGACUACUUCCCAUCAAUGAUGGAGCGAUUGGGAGCUGAAGGAUUUAUGAUGGAAUUAUGUAACGGGUUUCGCUUGCUAAUGGAUGGUGAGAAGGGAUUGAUUACGUUUGAAAGCUUGAAGAGAAACAGUGUUUUAUUGGGGUUGCAGGACAUGAGGGAUGAUGAGCUUGUGUGCAUGUUGAUGGAAGGUGAUUUGGAUGGAGAUGGAGCUAUAAAUCAGAUGGAGUUUUGCAUUCUCAUGUUUAGACUGAGUCCAGGGAUGAUGGUUGGACCCAAACAAUGGAUGGAUUACGAAUUUGAUGUAAAUAACGAAAUGUCGUAGCUAGCUAUAGCCCUUAUGUCUAAAUUAAUUAUGUUUCUUCCUGUUAUUUUCAUGUUUAAGCAACUAAUGUUUCUCAUGUAAUCUGAGUAUUAAUUAGUGCAAUGUCAUGUUAUGAAAAUAAUGAGCUAGAUAUCUGUAGAAAUUCAGUACAUAUAACAGCAUCAUCUUCUAGGGGCAUCAGAUGAAUGUCCAGCUAAGUGGGCACUACAAGGUGUCAGAAACAUAUAACUAUGAAGUCGUUUUUGUUUUUUUU